AACUGUACUUCCGGUAAAAUCUUGGAAGAUGUUGGUGGUCAUGCCGAUUGAAACCUGGAUAUAAAGGUUCCCACACGGUAUGAGAAAGGGACACAGCUAUGGCGGAUAUGUUUACCUGCAGUGUGUGUGGAGGUGUAAGCUACACAAUACUGGAUUUUCUCAAUCACAAAGCACAGCAUGCAGCCCCUGGUGCAGGAAUACAUUGCGAGUUCUGUCACAUAUCUUAUGCUAGAUAUAUCACUCUGAAGGAGCACUAUCGCAUUAAACACAAGAUAUUAUUCUCUGAUGACAACAGUCAGAAUAGGUCUAUGGCCAGAAGUCGCCAGUACAAACGUAGAAAAAAGACAGACAGUGUAAGUGAAGCAGAACUCCAGUCAGUGACAGAAAAUGAUGGUCAAGAUACACAACAGAUUGACAAUGGAUUUGUUGUUAUGGAGAAGAAGUCAGAAUUUGAUGAAAUUGUUAAUAGCAUGGAUAAUACUUCAGGGCAAAUCACCAACAUUCAGCAUAUCACCCAAAAGAGUUCUGCUCUUGAAACGGUACACACUACCCAAGGACUGGAAUCUGCUGCUGUUAUCAUGAUAACAAGUAAUAAUUGCAGUAUCCUCCCUAGUAAGGCAUUGAACUCACACCCAAUCUCACAUCUCUUAGAAUCCAGUACAGAUGCAAACUUCAAUUCAUCAGCACUAUCUUGUGACAUGCCUAGUUCUGGUACAGACAUAGAGGAAGCACGCUUAGUACAAGGAGCAAAUAAUCCUCAUGAUCAUGAAGAGUUCUUGUUUACAGAUCAAAAUUCUGUGCAUGUUGUAAUGGAAAGAAGCAACCAUGACAGCAUGAUGACCAACGGAAUCUGUUCACUUAUGACUACUUCUGAUAUCCAAGAUAAAAAUUCCGGAUUGUCUCAAGGCUAUGAGGAUUUUAACAUUGCUUCAGGAAAUGUUCAACUACCCUAUGGCAUGCAACACCCUGGAGAUCUAUGUCCACUGGGAUCGAUAGAGAACGAGUCUUCUGUUCAUGUUAUUGUUGAGAAAAGUGACUCAUUGUCUAAUCACACCUUGGUCAGCAAUGGUGAGUUGAUGAAUUUGUGUAGCGGGGACAGCAAUGGAAACCUGAUCUCAGAACAGCUGGAUCACACAGAACUGAUAUCUGGCAAUCCUAUACUGGACAAAUCAACAGCAGAUGACUUCCACUUCAUAUUAUUGACAGAUUUAGUGGAGGGGAACUCCAUCACCUAUGGUAAGCAGGCAUUUAGGUGUCUACACUGCAAUUACCAGAAUAGUUGGAAAAGUGGAUUGUGUCGUCACAUGCGAGAAGAACAUCCAGAGACUCUGUCUCUCCACCAGGCCAUUCAGAUUAAAACAGCACACACAGACAGCAAUAGAACUGUCAUGAAAAUGUCAGAAUAUACAGCCAUGCAGGUAAUGUGGAAAAAUAAAUCUGCUCAUCCACGUUCUCGUGGAGUGGAGAAGCAGGAUCUUCCAGGAAACUUUACUUGCCCCAAGUGUGACAAAGUGUUCAAUAGACUGCGAUAUUUGAGGAAGCAUCAAAUUGUACACCGCACUGAUCAAAAGUUUCUGUGUGAUGAGUGUGGAAAAGCAUUCAAAACGAGAGCUUACUUAAAUCAGCACAGAAAAAUCCACAAAAAAGAAGCAUAUAGUUGUAACCAGUGUGAUUUCACUUCAUCCAUCAACACUGUGAUCCAUGAACACAGACAGAUCCACAACAAGGGAUGUGUUCUUUGUGAUAUAUGUGGUACGGCCUACUUUGACAAAUCCACCCUAGCCAAACACAAGUCAGUUCAUGACAUGAGUCGUCCAUUUCCCUGUACAUACCCUGGAUGCACCUGGCGUUUCAGGAAUGAGGUGAUGUGUCGAGCACAUGUAAGGAACCACACUACAAAAGGUAAAUUUAAAUGUACUGUCUGUGGCUACGUCUUCAGACAUAAACAUCAUCUUCAAAGACACGAGGAAAAAAUGCAUGGCAUAGCAAUUCCAAAAACAUGGUCAAAGAAAAAUGCAGUUGAAGAAAAAAAAUCGGACAUGGUUGAAGAAAUCACUGACACUGUCAAUCUUAUUGUGGACCCUGACAUUAGUUCUGAUCAUCUGAAUCUCCAAAAUGCUUUACACACAAACCAGCUGGUAAUUGCUACAGAUAGUGAUGGUAACACAAUCAAUUAUGAAGUGGCAGACAUUGCAAUGAAUGUGGCUUACCAGACGUUACUGGCCGGAACAGAUGGACAAUCAGUGGACACCAUCCUCAUACCCCACCAGGCCAAUGACUGUAGUCACAUUGUACUACAGCAGGAGACUGAAUCUAUUAUUGAAACUGUGCAAUAACUAGUUAGCUAUAAACUCUAAUAUUUUCUUCGAGUCAUUUUUAAGAUCAAUACUGUUUGAUACCCUAAUCAUUAUUUCAAUUUCAAAUCCAAUUUAGAAGCUUGGGAUUGAUUUAGAAACUGCAUCUGUAUAUUGUUUCUACUUAAUUAAGUGUCUAAUAUUAAAUUGUCUCAAAAGUUGAAUUGAUAUUUCAGAAACUAAAUCAUCAUUAAAUUGUCUCAAAAGUUGAAGGGAUAUUUCAGAAACUAAAUCAACUUAAAUAAAUAUCAAAUUAAUUGUGGAUUGAUAUUACAUAAUGCUGUGUAACCCAGAUGUAAAAACAUCAGUUGAACAUAUGGCAUUGUCAUCCCAGACCCAAUGUUGUAGACAUCCAGUCUGAUAAUGUGUUUGCCUUUUUUGCAUUCACUUUGAUAUCACAUAUCUAUCCUGUUAAAUGUUUAACUCAUUACAUGAAUUGUGUUUAUAAAACUCAACCGACUUUGCAGUUGAUUGGUUGAAGUAUAGGUUGCCAUUGUUCAUAACUUGGUUGUAGGUUGCAAUUGUUCAGUUACAAGAUCAUUACUGUGUAAAAGUGGAGAGUAUAGGUCACCUUACUAGCUCAAGCUAGUGGGAAUUUAUCUUUAACCCAAUAGUAGGAUGUCUGCCUUGAGAACCAGAGGUCACGAGUCCGAGCUGCAGCAUGGGCAGAGCAUAUUUCAUUACUGAGAGAUUGGAAAAAUGUUCGCCAGGAUUUUAUUUUCGCUAUGUUUGUGAUAAUGAAAUAUAGUGCAAAAAUAAAUACCUGUCAAAUAUCAAUACCCUGAAUUAAAGAUAUUUAAUACAUACUCACAGAAGUGUGUAGAAUUGUUACUGCAGAAUGUACUGUGUACAAGGUGGUGUUGCGUGAAAUUAAUAAUACCCAUGACUUACGUUCCACCUGUUACAAUCGCAAAAUAUUAGCUCUGCCAAAUUUAAAUACUGUACUCUAGUCCUUCCUAUAACAACUGCAUAUAAUGUAUUAUAUUUACAUUUGCUCCGUAUUUCCCCAUAGACACAAUGCUAAGAGGCAGUUGCCACCAUACGCCUAUAACACCCAGU